CUUGACCUUUUUGUGAUGAUGUAUGUUGUCGUGUAGGCUAAUGCGCAUAUAUGUAUGCAGUUGUCUAAGCCAUCUAUCUCACACAGACACACACGUAUAUAUAGCCAUAUACACCCACGCACACAUCGAAAUGCACACAUCUACAUGUCUGCAGCAAAAUCAUCAGAAUCAACCAUACACAAUAUCCUUUUUUUUAGACAGAAAAUUCUUCUGCAAAUAACACACCAGCACAUACACAUACAAUAAAUCACAUCACAUAACAUCCGUGUUAGCUAGAGAGUGAGUGUCAUUAAGUAAGAGAUCCUGUGGGGAAUUUGACACACUUUGAAUGAACAGAAAGUUACCAGAUAAUACGGAAUAACACAGAGGAAUUAAUUAAUUAAUCAAUUAAUUAAAUAAUUUAUCAAAAGACGCUUAUUUUCACAUAUCCCACAAAAACAUAGAGGAUUAUUAAAAGAGAGAAUUUAAACAAACCGUGUUGGUAUAAGAGAUAUAAAUCAAGUUAAAACAAAUUCAAAUAUUAUUAUUACUAUUAUAUACAUAUACAUUAUGGGAUCUAAACUGUCUUGUAUGUCUAAACAGAAGGAGGGGAAUGGGAAGAUACCAAAACAGAAGCAACCAAAAAUUCUGAAAAAAAAGAAAGUGACUACUGAAACUGUUACUGUCACAACAAAAGUAGUUGAUGAAAAAUCUCAACCUCAUGAGACAACAACAACACCAGCCGAAUCUGUCACUAAUCAUGUUGUACCGACUGAAAGUGCAGUUGUCGAGGAGACAGUUAAAAUUCGUCCACAUAUCACUGUAUUAGAACCAGCUCCAUCAAAUUAUAAACUACCUGAACCAUUACCAGCCUCACCGAUCAAUAUUUCUUCAGAUUCAGUUAAACCAAAUUUAGAUAAAACAAAAUUCACUUCACAAUUGAUUAUUAAUAAGGCAACACCUGUUGAUAGUCAUAUUGCUCAACCUGUUGAUCCUGAAGCACGUGAGCUGGCUAAAGGUGGUGGCGGCGCCGGUGGGAAACCAGCUAACUGGGCAGAUUUACAUUGGGCAUUAAUUGGUAAACGUAAUCUACAAACGGAUGAACUUAAAGUUCGCGCAUUAUUCUCAUGGUUAUGUUCAAUACCAGUUGGACAAACACCAUUUUUAACCUAUGAAGAAUUACAACAAGCUGAACGUGAUGGUGUACAGUAUGCUAAAGAAGCUUUAGCCAACAAAAGUAAAAAGUUAAAAUCUGAUUCACCAGAAUUUGUCCUCAACGAAAUGUCACAUGGAAAAGCAACAUAUCUUCAAGCUUUUGAAUCUUUGUGUCAUUAUUCACAUAUACCAUGUGUAACAGUCAAAGGUUUAGCCAAGGGUGUUGAUUAUGUGGUUGGGAUGCGGUUAAGUGAUCCUCAACCGGUCAGUGAUCCACAACAACAACAACAGCAGCAACAACAACAACAACCUCAAUUAUCACCAGUUAUGAAUCGAUUACAGCAUGCAUGGAAUGCAGCUUAUCUAGAUGGGAAAUGGGCAUUAUUUGAUCCUAUGUGGGCAGCACAACGGUUAGCUGUCAGUGCUAAUACACGCUUGUCCCAAUUAGUACAAAGUGGUCAAAUGGAUUAUGAAACUGAUAUGUUCUAUUUUAAUGUUGAUCCAGCGAAAUUGAUCUAUUCACAUUUUCCAUUUGAUGAUUCCUGGCAGAUGCUUAAUCCACCGGUUACAUUAAAGCAAUUUGAAAAUAGUGUCCUAUUGAAGCCAGCAUUCUUUCGUCAUGGUCUUGGAUUAUUAUCACAUCAAGAUUGUGUUAUCCUGGCGCCGAAUAAACUUGUCAUCAAAUUGUCAAUGCCAAGAGCUUUAACUGAUCAUUUGAAAUUUACAUUCAAUUUAAAAUAUGAAGAGAAAGAUGAUAAUUUAGAUUUACCAAAUUUAUCACAGUUUGGUUUACAUGAAUUAUCAAGACGUGAUGCAACUGUAACAUUUCAUUUUCGUUUUCCAAAACCUGGUGCUUAUAAACUUACUUUAUAUGCACAACGUAUUGGUGAGAAGUUAUUUGCUGAUAUAUGUGAAUAUCGUGUAGAAUCAAGAGCAACUAGUGAUAUCAGGAUUACAGAGACUGUAUCAGGGAAUAACUCACCAUCUGGCAUAACAAUUCCACCGUUUCCGCCAACAUCACAAGCUCAUUAUGGACCGGCUGAAAAAGCUCAAGAAUUAGGCAUUACAACUGUACCGUCUGAUUUAGAAGCACAAUUACACUGUCGUACUGGUGUACUGGAGUUAAGAUUUACAACAAAGAAUCCGCAAGAUAAACUGCCACGUUUAACAGCACUUUUAAAAUCAUUAAUUCAUGAGACAAAAAUGUUAACAGAUUGUAUAUUGAUUCGAACAAUUGAAGGAGCUCCAGCCAAUAGUAUUAGCUCUGUAUCAAGUCGUAUGUCAAGUAGUAUGACUACACAAGGACCAUGUGCUCAUAUGAUUAUAUUGACAGUAUACUUUCCAACAGCUGGAGAAUACGCCUUGGAAGUUUAUGCUGCACCAGCUGAUUCAGAUGAGAAGGCAUCAUAUUUCUUGGUUUGGCAAUUUUUAAUUGAUUCUGAAUUAGGCGUUCGACUAUCCACACCAGUUAGACAACGUUUAGCCACAAUGAAUUUAGGUCCACAAGAUGAAACAUGGUCAACACUAGGCCUUAAACUACUUAGUCAUCAUGAUCCAUUAAUUCAUGUACCAACAGCAGGUGGUACUAUUGGAAUACAAAAAACACGAAGUAAAUCAGAAAUAAUGAGUCAGUAUAUGGGUCAUGGAGAUAAAUCAACUGGAGGCGUAAGUACAGGUGAUUCACUCGGUGUUCCUACAUCCUCAGCAUCACCAGGAACAUCAGAAAAACAAGAUGAAGUAAAUGAUGAAGUUCAAGAUCCGCGUAGUUAUGAUUUGAAGAUAAGAUUUUUAAAAGAAUCUCAACAGAAAAUCUAUGUGGUUGGACAAUUUGUGGAUAUAAGUACACCAGAGGAAGAGGACUGUACAACCUAUUUGUUACAACAAUGGGAAGAACCUGAAGAACCUGGGAUGAAUGAACGUCUAUCAUAUCUUAUACGUAUACCUAAAGGGGAUCAUUUCUAUAAGCUUUAUCUAUACGCUACACCAGUUGGUGAAAAUGAAUUGCCUCAAUCAUUGCCUUUAGUGUAUACUUAUUUAAUUGAAGCACCACCACGUAUUAUGGCAUCUGAAAUGCCUUAUAUCGGUGUAAAAUGGGGUGCAUUUCCUGAAAAAUUAGAACAGCAAGCAGCUGUUAAACAAGAAUCUAAAAAGUAGACAGGAUAUGUCUUCAAAAGAACAAAAAAAAGCAGAAGAGAAAAGAAAGGAUCAUCUGUAAGUUUGGCGCCAUUAUGAUCUGUAGAAAUUUAAACAAGAAUAAAGAGUUCCAUUGAACAAUAUGUUUUAUUUUUUAACUUAAUAAUGUAUUAAUAUUUUAUUGUUUUGAUCUCUUACUUGUUUAUCCUUUUUUUGAAAAAUCAAUUAUGAUUAUAAUUCAUUUUGUCCUACUAAAAAAAUGUUACCUUCUUUCGCAAUUGAAUAUGUUAUGGAGCAUUUCUUCUGUGGUUUUGUGUCUGGGUGUCCGUGUGUGUUUCUGAUUUGUAUCACAAUAAUUUUCGUCUGAAAUCAUUUUUAAAUUGUGCACUUUUGAAUUUUGAUAAUGGUAACCUAUGCGUUGUAUUCCAGUCAGUGUGUAUUCUGUGUUCAAAACUGCUUCGUGGUUUGUUUAAAUGACUAUUGAAUGUGAGAACUUCCAAGUGAGAAGUUAAACUGAAUUUCGAAUUUCCGCAAUUUUUUCCUUCUUUUGGUUGGCUGUUUGGUUGGUACAUUUAGCAAUUUGAUUGGUUAAAUACCUUCUAAAGUUGAUUGGUUGAAAUGAGGUCGUUCAAAGAAAGACCAAUCAAAUCAAUGCGACUACUUAGUAAUCAUUUCAAAGCAUGUGACUGACUGGCUUAUCGUUUUUAUCUAUAUACCAUUUUUUUUAUUAUUUGAUUUCCUUAACCACUUUGUGUUUACAUAUGUGAUAAAGAUACUUUAUUGAGAAAAAAAAUAUUGAUGGCCGUAAUUUCUUUUUAAUUCAUUUUCUACUCUUUGAUAUUAUUAUUAUUAUGUUGUUAUUGUCUGGAUUAAUUCAUUCACCCUUUUACUUUAUAAUUCACCCAUGGAAAUACAAUUUGUCAGG